AUGGAGCUUCCACCUCUCUCAUUGACCCAGCUAUCGACCGUGGUCGCAUCAAACCUCUUACCAUCGCAGCUUUUUGAGGUUCUCUCACAAUACGAAUCAGAAGCGGUCCUGAUGUCCUCCGAUUUGACGAGGGUUGGAUCGGAGAGCGAAAACCAGCAGUUGUUGAGCGCGUUCUAUUCAAGUUUCUUUUUUGCCCACCUUCUUACGAAUCAGCUGUCCGAGGCACGUGCAUUGACACAGCGAAUGCCUGAUGCCUUUCGAGACCGAGAUGCAACGAUCCAAAACUGCGUUGGCCUACUUCGAGCGCUUUGGCAAACCCAACAUGACCAAGUGUAUCAGAUCCUGCGAGAGCUCCCUUGGCCAAGAGACACUCAACCACUAGUGCGACGAUAUGAUCAUUUCUUCCAGGACAAGACAUUGAUUGCGGUCAGUAAAUGCUACGAGGCGAUAAGACCUGCUGUCGCUGCGACCUAUCUGGGGCUGAAUCCGCAAGCUGUAGAGAGUGGAGAGCCCUCUGUUAUCGAGAAAUUUACUAGCUGCGGUUGGAAAUGGGAUCCGACAGCCAAGUUGCUAUUUCCCUCACCAAUUGUCGUGCAGACGGGGGUGCAGCCUACGUCGAGUGGAUUCUUCGAUACCAUGGCACUGCUGGGAAAUCGG